CUGGGAUUGCGAAUGUUUGGAACAACAGAAAUGACUACACUAUACAUGCCACUGUUCAGAACCUGCACAACCUCAAGAUCACUCACUCAACUCCAUGCCCGCCUCAUUAUCACAGGUCUCCACAAAGAAGCCCAAGCUUCCACUAAGCUAAUAGAGUCCUAUGCCAAAAUGGGCUCCCUUGCAACUUCAAGAACCAUAUUUGACUUAUUCCCAGAACCCGAUUCUUUCAUGUGGGGCGUGCUGAUCAAGAACCAUGUUUGGAAUUGCUGCUUUCAAGAAGCCAUUUAUCUCUACGACGCCAUGCUUUACCAGCUUCCUGAAAUGAGUGAUUACAUAUUCCCUUCCGUUUUGAGGGCCUGCGCUGCAAUUGGCGAACUGGGUGUCGGCCAAAAAGUCCAUGGGAGGAUAAUUAUGACUGGGUUUGCGUCUGAUCCUAUUGUUGAGACCUCUUUGUUGAAUAUGUACGGCGAGCUGGGGAGUGCAUUCUAUGCACAGAGACUGUUCGAUGGAAUGUUGAUAAGAGAUACAGUUUCGUGGAGCUCUAUCAUUUCCUGUUAUGUACAUAAUGAUCAGCCGGGUGAGGGUUUGAAUGUAUUCAGGGAAAUGGUGAAGGGAAGUGUUGGAAUUGAUUCAGUUACACUGCUUGGUGCAGCAGAAGCCUGUGGGGAGUUGGGUCUAUGUAAAAUAGCAAAAUCUGUGCAUGCUUAUAUUUUGAGAAAAAACAUCCCAAGUGAUGGGGCAUUGAGUAAUUCCCUUAUUGCAAUGUACGGGAAAUGUGGAGAAAUAGCUAAUGCUGAGUCACUCUAUCGGCGUUCUAUCAAUAGGAGCACUUGCACAUGGACAGCAAUGAUUUCCAGCUUUAAUCAGAACGGAUGUUAUCGUGACGCAUUAUCAGUCUUUGUUGAAAUGCAACAGUCAACUGCGGAGCCCAAUGAAGUCACUUUGAUGAGCAUUUUGUGUGCUUGUGCAAGAUCAGGUUUGUUAAAGGAAGGGAAAACCAUUCACGGUUUUCUUAUCAGAAAUGAUGUUAUAGACUCUAAUCCUAAUAAUGACGUCCUGAGGUCUGCUUUAGUAGACUUGUAUGCCAGUUGCAGAAGGCUAGGGGAUUGCCACAAGGUAUUUGACACAUCUAAACAUCGGCAUAUCAUUUCGUGGAAUAUGCUUAUAUCCGGUUACUCCAGUGAAGGGAUGUGCAUAGAGGCAUUGAGGCUAUUCAUGGAAAUGAGAAGCAAGGUAAUACUUCCAGACUCUUUUACCCUUGGAAGUGUCAUUUCAGGUUGUGGAGACAACGGAUUUUCUCAAACUGGGAGCCAGAUGCAUUGCCAUGUCAUCAAGGCAGGAUUUUCAGGUAAUGAGUUUGUCCAGAACGCACUAAUUGACAUGUACUCUAAAUCCGGGCUUUUGUGUUCGGCUUAUGCCGUCUUUGAGGAGAUCAAUGACAGAGGAGUUGUGGCUUGGACAUCAAUGAUGUGUGGGUUUUCCCAAAACGGUAAAUCUGAGGAGGCUAUUGCUUUGUUUGAUGAAAUGUUUUCCGGUUCACUUCCAAUGAGCGAGGUGACUUACUUGAGUGCAAUUCAAGCAUGCUCUAGCAUAGGGUUUCUUGAAAAGGGAAAAUGGAUUCACCAUAAGCUGAUCGUCUUUGGUGUCGUAAAGGAUGAUUUGUACAUCAACACAGCUCUGACAGACAUGUAUGCUAAAUGUGGAGACCUUCGAACAGCUCAAAAAGUCUUCGGGAGAAUUGCAGAGAAAAGUAUAAUCUCAUGGAGUGCGAUGAUAGGCGGUUAUGGCAUGCAUGGUCAUAUCACUGCCGCAAUAUCACUCUUUUCUGAAAUGGUAGAUUCUGGAAUAAGACCAAAUGAUGUGAUUUUCAUGAAUAUUCUCUCUGCUUGUAGUCACGCUGGGUAUGUGAACGAAGGGAAGUAUUAUUUUAAGGCCAUGUUUGGUUUCGGUAUUGAGCCACAAACCGAACACAUCGCAUGCCUAGUGGAUCUUCUUAGUCGGGCAGGUGAUGUAGAAGGAGCAUAUGAGAUUAUCAAAUCAAUGCCAUGCCGUGUAGAUGCUAGCAUCUGGGGUUCACUCAUAAGUGGGUGUAGAAUUCACCAUAGAACAGAUAUUAUCAGAAGCAUUCAGGAGAACCUUUUGAAUGUACAGACUGUGGAUAGUGGAUGCUAUACAUUAUUAAUUAAUGUACAUGCAGAGAGAGGGGAGUGGAGGGAAAGCAAGAGUGUUAGGUCCAAAAUGCAUAGCGCGGGUCUUAGGAAGGUCCAUGGGUAUAGUAUGAUUGAGACUGAUAGGAGUGUUUUCCCAUCCACUGGAUGAUCUGGACUUGCUCGCUUGCUAGAGCUGGUAUGCAUUUGCAGAUUAUUCAUUGAUUGAAUGAUUUCACAUCUUGUUAUCUAAUUACUUAUUUACUUGAUUGGCUUGUUUUUGUGUUUGUGUUUUACUUUAAUAGUUUAAUGUAAUUAUUAUUAUAGUAGCAGAUGGUUUUGGAGAAUGUGAAGGUAGAGUUGAUCCACACAUGGAUGAGAAAAUAUAUAUAUUUAAAAGAACACUUACUUUAAUUGGCUCAUUCAGUGCUUCCGAUUCAUUUGGUUUUAGUUGAUGAUGUAUGUAGGGGGUGUUCCGGUGUUUGGAUCUGAUUCCCUGAAGGAGCAGAAGUUGGAGUGUUUGAGUGAAAGUGCAGAAGUGAUUCUGGUGCUUUAAUUUACUCCCAGAAUCAGUUUUUUUAGAAGCCGGGGGAGACCAGUUUCUGAAAACUGAUUCUGAUUCUGCUUUAAAAAAAGCAGAAGCAGAAUCAGUUCCAAACACCCCCAUAGUAUGUACUAUGUACAUGUUCUUGCAAUAGAAUCAAUGGUCAUGUUUAACUCAAAAUGCUACUACGUAUUUGUUUUGUGUUAAGCGAAGAAAUGCAAUCGUAAUGCCAACUUGCCAAGUGUUAUUUCUUCUCCACUCAAAAACAUCUUAAAAACAUCAAUUUAAAAAGUUUCUUAAAAUAUUCCAUUUUCAAUAAGAAAAGAGGGAAAACAUUAUAUUGUACUCCGUAUAUAGUUUGGCAAAUAUUCACAUAUUAAUAGAAUUUAUUGGUGUAAUUUUUUGUUUAUAUUUUUUAAGUAGGUUUUUCUUUGAUUUACCUGAGGACCAUUGAAACGAAGGGAUGAGAAAUGGUGCACAUGAGCGUGGGAACAUGAUGAGAAAUGGCGCACAGCCGCACAUGGAAGAAAUUGAGUUGUUUCACCUUGUAGGGAUAGGUUGAGUGAUGCAGAAAUAAUCUGAAAUUGUGAACGAUAUAUUAAAAGAAUAUUUAAAAAAAAAACUAUAUCCAGGUUGAUGAAAUAUUGCUUUUCCCCGUUUUCAUGGGGUUUUGGUGCUAUAUUAUUGAUAUAUCGUUGUGUUUUAUUUUCUCUGCACUAAUAUCAGGUAAAAAGAACUCAUAGUGCUUUUUGGUGCAAGGAUUUGGCAUUAUCGUUCAAGGGACAUAUAUAAGCACUUUAGCAACAUCAAGAUACUGUGGUUCAAAGAGAGAUGGUUUUGGUGAGUUGUAGCUGGAUGGCUGUUCGAAGGGGACGGUCAGAAUCUGCUAGCAUUGAGCACAGCAAGAGUCGCAAUGAGGACAUAUUGGUGCUUUUUUCCCAGCAGAAUUUGGCAACAUGAGUUCAGUGUGCUCUGAAUUUGGAGCAACACCACAUCGCCCAGCAACUGAGAAAUAAGCUCGCUGAGAUUUAAUGACGUGGAUUUCCGGCGGACAAGUGGCGUUUUUUGGCCGGAAUAUUGAAGGGUACUGCCGGUCACAACAUUUAAACAUAGUUGAGGUUAAAUAAGAUGUUUUUUAGAGAAGCAAGAGUCUAGACAAGAAUCAACCUCAAAGAGUGAAGUUCAAGAUUAGGCUAUCAUCAUCUUGCGCUUGGGAUUCAGAGGCAUCUGUGCUUGGGCCGAUUGUUGUGGUAAUUGAGCCAUGAGCUGCAGUGGAUGAGCUGCGAGGUGCGGCGGUUGCACUGCUGGAGGUUGAGGUGAUAGCGUCGAGUUCGGCUUUAAUUAUGAGAAAUUCUAUGGUGCCUUUAUAAAUUCACAAGGUACCGGUACGUAAGUUAAUAAACCAAUGAGACUAGGUUACCUGCCAUCUCACCAUCAUCGCCAUAUUAGUACAUCGAUAUUAUUAUUUGCAUUUUAGUCCAAAAAUCAACAACUUACUCAUAAUUUUCUAAAAUUAUAAUACACACCUUAUAUUUUCCAAA